AAAAAGAGCUGUCGGCGCUGCGGUUUAUAUAUUUUUCAGAACACAAAUCAGCGAGUUUGUUGGAAGAUACGCCCGCCUCCAGUGACCGUCUGGGUUGGACCGUGUGUGAUGCUGAAGUUACUAUUUUGGGUUGAUAGCGAAGCUGUAUCGGCUUUAGUGGAGCUUUGCGCAGGUCUUGCGCUGCGCACUGGUUUUUGAAACGUCGAGCGUCUCAGUGAGAAAACGUGACAACUCUACAUGCACUCUGCUUUGUAUGCUGGCACUACGUUAUCGCGCGUUUUGCAACUGAAAAGCACACAGAACUCCUAUCUCUUAAAAGUGGUGACUAGCAUACCAGCCAUCUUGUCACACAAAUCUUUCUGACUUUAUCGAGUUCAGCCAUGCCUAAGAGCAGUAAAGUGACACAGCGUGAGCACAGCAUUGAGCAUGUCACAGAGUCUGUGGCUGACCUGCUGGCCCUGGAGGCCCCUUUGGACUAUAAGAGUAGCCAGAUGAGCAUGAAUGUCGCUGGAGGAGGCGCAGCACCAAAGCCUGACAUCUCUCCAGACCUGGAGGAUGGCCGGCCAGCAUGGAACAGCAAGGUGGAGUACAUUCUGGCCCAGGUGGGCUUCUCAGUGGGGCUGGGCAAUGUCUGGCGCUUUCCUUACUUGUGCCAGAAGAACGGAGGAGGUGCCUACCUUGUCCCCUACUUCAUCCUCCUCAUCCUCAUUGGCGUCCCACUUUUCUUUCUGGAAUUGGCAGUGGGUCAGAGGAUCCGCAGAGGAAGCAUUGGAGUUUGGAACUACGUUUACCCGCGACUGGGUGGCAUUGGAGUAUCCAGCCUAAUGGUGUGUGGCUUUGUGGGUCUGUACUACAAUGUGAUCAUUGGCUGGAGCAUAUUCUACUUCUUCCAGUCUUUCCAGUUCCCUCUGCCCUGGGCUGAAUGCCCCAUCCGAAGAAACGGAAGCCAAGCCAUUGUAGAGCCAGAGUGCGAGAAAAGCUCCGCCACCACAUACUUUUGGUAUCGUGAGACACUAAACAUAACCAGCACUAUUGCGGACAGUGGAGGGCUGAACUGGAAGAUGACUCUGUCUCUGUUAUUAGCGUGGGUCAUUGUCUGUUUGGCUGUCAUCAAGGGUAUCCAGUCCUCCGGAAAGGUGAUGUACUUCAGCUCAUUGUUCCCGUAUGUGGUGCUUUUCUGCUUCCUGGUACGUGGAUUGUUUCUUAAAGGGGCUGUAGAUGGCAUUGCUCACAUGUUCACACCAAAGCUGGAGAUCAUGCUGGAGCCACAGGUAUGGCGUGAGGCUGCUACACAGGUCUUCUUUGCUUUGGGUCUGGGUUUUGGUGGAGUCAUUGCUUUCUCCAGCUACAACAAGAGGGACAACAACUGCCAUUUUGAUGCUGUCUUAGUGUCUUUCAUCAACUUCUUCACCUCCAUCCUGGCCACUCUCGUGGUGUUUGCUGUGCUUGGUUUCAAGGCCAACAUCAUGAACGAAAAAUGUGUGGUGGAGAAUGCUGAGAAGAUUCUGGGCUACUUGAACUCCAAUGUGCUGAGUCAUGAUCUGAUCCCUCCUCAUGUUAAUUUCUCCCACCUCACGUCAUCAGACUACGCUGAGAUGUAUGAAGUGAUUAAAAUUGUGAAGGAGGACAGCUUUGCUCAGCUGGGCCUAGAGCAGUGUCUACUGGAGAAUGAACUCAAUAAAGCUGUUCAAGGCACUGGUUUGGCCUUUAUUGCUUUUACGGAGGCCAUGACACACUUCCCAGCAUCUCCAUUUUGGUCAGUAAUGUUCUUUUUCAUGCUAAUCAACCUGGGUCUGGGAAGCAUGAUUGGCACCAUGACUGGCAUCACAACUCCUAUCCUUGAUACCUUCAAAAUACGCAAAGAGAUCCUUACUGUGGUUUGCUGUGUCAUUGCAUUUUUUUGCGGCCUGUUAUUCGUCCAACGUUCUGGGAAUUAUUUUGUCACCAUGUUUGAUGACUACUCUGCUGGUCUUCCUCUCACAAUUGUUGUCAUCUUGGAAAAUAUAUCUGUGGCCUGGAUUUAUGGCACCAAAAGGUUUGUCCAGGAUCUAGAAGAUAUGCUGGGUUUCAAACCAUACAGAUUCUACUUUUAUCUGUGGAAGUAUGUAUCUCCAGCCUGCUUGAUUGUUCUUAUUGCUGCUAGCAUUAUUGAGUUGGCCAUCAAUCCACCUGGAUACAAUGCAUGGGUUCAGGAUCUGGCACUAGAGCGUUUCCAGAGCUACCCUCCGUGGGCUCUGGCUAUGUGUUUUGCUCUCAUUAUCGUUGCCAUGCUUCCUCUGCCACUGGUCUUUAUCGCACGCCACUUUAACUGGAUUCCUGACGGCUCCAACAAACUGUCCGUCUCUUACCGCAAGAGUCUGACAAAGGACACCUCCAACCUGGAGGAUGAGACACGUUUUAUCUUGGGUAAAAACACCAACGACACACCCUCUCCAAUGCCCAGCCACCGGGCGUACCUCGGCCCAGGGAGCACAUCACCUGUCGAGCUCAUCACCAACUCCACAUCCAUCAGCGGUUAUGGCAGCGGCUACCAGACCAACCCAAUGCCACCUAAAUCCGAGUCCUGAGCUCCUUUCUACUCCGAAGGCACCACCUACUACAGACUGAUAAAGAAGAAGGGAAAGGGUGUAAGAAGCCACAGCAUUUAUUAUAAUUUAUUUGAAGCCAUACAGAGAGAAUGAUGUGUGUGAGUGUUUGUGUGUGUGUGUCUGUGUGAGUGGGGGGUGGGUGUGAUCAGUAAGUAAUGAAAGUGCCACAGAAGGACCUUCUCCAUAUCUUGCCCUAAUUACCAGAAUUAGAACCUUCUCUUUCCUACCUACACAUUUGGACCAAAGGCAUUUCUACAGAUUAGGUGGUUGACAGAAAACACCAUCAUCCACAUAACACUAGACGUAUAGAAGAAUGAAUGUAGACUCAUUUUUAAAAAGAUUUAAGCCACACACCAAAUGCUCCAUAACAAGAAUCGUUGGGUCCUGAACUGCUAAUGGUGUGGGAUAAAUCACACAGGCUUUUCAGUAUGUUUCUUUCUGUUGGAACUAUCGUUCAUGUCUGGGUUGAGAUGUGAAAACCACUAAAAGGGAUCCAAUUAUCCCAUUUUGCCCCAGAACAAUAUAGAUAUCACAGUUCUGAAUAUUGGAUAAAACUCAUUAGGAGGGCAAAACUAAUUGCAAAUGGCUUGCUCUGAGAACCCCAAGACUAAUGUGAAGAAACUGUCUGUCUUCAUCAAGCACAUUUAUAGUAUAUAUUUAAAAAGAACUCUGUACCCUGACAAUCACAGCAACACUAGCCAAUUAUAGACAUCUGUGAAAUCAUGGAUGCAGAUAGAGGUAGACUGUGCUUUCCUCAUAGUGUUUGCAUUUGUUAUGUGACAGAAUAUGAACAGAAGUUAUAAAUAAAAAAUAGUUUCUGGCUUUUUCCAUGAUAAAUAUAUAAUUUAUUAAUUUCCAGAUACUGGUUUACCUCAAAAAAAAAAGGUGCAUCCCAAAUCUCAUACACUAUUCUAUGCCAUUUUGUAGUAUAAAUAGUGUGAAUAGUGUUGGGGGAAUGUUGGACACUUUAUGCGCUAAAUGCUCGUAGCUUUGUUUGUGUGGGGGAAGAGACUCUGGAUGAAAAUAAUUAAUUCUGUUGGCUGACACUCAGGCAGACCGGACUUCUUACAGAUGUCUUUUAAAUAAGCCCAUAUUGUGUGAUUUAUUAUUCAACAAUUUAGAAAUUCACUGUAGUCAGCUAAUUCAAUGUUUUCUGCUAGCAGUGUAGCAUUAUACGGACUAGAUAAGAGCUUCUGCUUAAAAAAUGUUAGUGUUCUGUUUGAGAUGACACUACCCUUCAAAAAUUUGUGGAUGAAAUAGAUGGAGGAGUACAGAGUGCAUAGUGUAAGUGUAUAGUCUAUAAGUACAUUGUUUGGGAUGCAGCUAAUGUCUAAAUGGUCUAUUUAUGCAGUGUUUUGUGAGGAACAGUUUUGUUUAGAAAUGACUUUUGACAGAGGAAGGCACAUAAAACCUGGUGAAGUAGUACAACAGAGAGAAAUGUACUGUACACAUAAUGUUGAUGUUAUCCAAGUAUUUACUUCAACUCUUGUCCUGUGUAAGUGUUUAUGCCCAUAGAGCACUAGGCGCAACCAAAUGUACCAUAAUCUCAUACAGUACUGAACAAAUGUUUCCACUCGGGGGCACUAUAUUCACCAAAACCCCCAUAACGCAUCUAAUUUUAAUGCAGUAUCUCUCAAACACACACACACACACACACACACACACACACACACACACACAGUCAUACACACGUAAAGCAGCAUGCAUUUGUGGCUUUUAUUUUGCCACACUUACUACAGAUUUAGAUAAAUCUAGUUUUAGUAAUCAGAUGACUGCCAGAUGUGCAAUGAGUGAUCAGCACAAAAAAUAAGCACAUUUAACGUAUUGGGUUGCAAUAAUGUUAAUGUUAAAAUGUUAACAUCAUCAAGCACAGCAGUUCAAUGUACAUACAAGAUCUAUAACAUACACAAUCUUAUAUUAGUAUCAAAAUAGCAUAUGAUGGAAAAAAACGACCUUUAAUAGAAAAUAAUAACACUAAUAAUGGUCUUCAGUACAUUUUGAUACGGUUAUGUACUUGGACUGUGCAUGUCCAGGCUCUGUUUCCCAUAAGCACUGCAGCACAAGGGUGAAUGUUAAAUGGUAGAGUGAGCAUCACUUAUAUUCUAUAUUCUUUUUCUUUCUCUCUCUUUCUCUCCUUCUACCAGUUAACAUGAUUUUGACUUAACUUUGGGAAAUUGUACAUCAGUCAGUCUAAUUAGCUUAGAUAUUCAGACUGAAUUAUUUAAGAUCCAUAAGAAUAGUUUCUGCUUCUGCAAAUGGUUAAAUGGUUUAUUUUUAAGCCAAAAUAUGUUAAAUAUUCCAAAAUUAUGUUGUAGUAUAGCAGUCAUUGUUCACAACUUGCACUGUAUUUUACUGCCUAAGCAGCCUGCAUAGGUCUACAUAUGAUCACCUUACAAAUAGACAAAGGGUGUUGAAUUGGCUUAAAAUACAUGCUAGAUUUUGAAAAUCGUUUUUAUGUGGUUUAAUGUAUUUAUGAAAAGAAUAUAUGACAGAUAGGAUGUAUAUGGAAGACAUAAGCUUCUUUGGAAUGGUCAUAGUCUGCUGGUCUUUACUCUUUCACCCAAAGCACAUCUUCACUUGGCACCAGUUCUGCAUCUUGGCAAAUAAUGCAGCAGAGCAUUUGAUUAUUUGGCAGCUCUGUUUGGUUUGCGUCUCCUAUAACUGCCAUGAUGCCUCAUGGUGUAAAAAUAGACCUAAGCAGCAUGCUUCACAGUGGUGUUUCCCCAGGGAGCCCAUGUCCCAGACAGCAUGCUAACGAAUUCUCGUCGGGUGAGGUGGAGGGUGGAAAGCCCACAAUUCUCAGUAUGAACAUGCUGUUCCUACACAAGUCUCAUGGAUCCCCUGGCAACAAACCCUGACAAUCAACAGGGAACAAACAAGCAGAGGGCUUCCAUGGUCCCCAGGUUCCUGAGUGAGAGGAAGAAUUAAUAAAAUGUAAUUCACUAGAUUCCUUUACUUAGCCCACUCCUGAAAUUAUCAAAGUUUUAGUAUGAUUCAAUUAUGCUUCAUAAUUCUGGGCAUGCAUUCAGUACUGGAUAAACUGACUGGACAUGAGGUCCUUGGAUAAAUACUGAUAAUACUCCACUGAAGGAUUUGUUCAGUUAUGUCCAGCGACAUUGUUGUUCACGUUCCAUGUGUAAUAGCACAUUGUUACCACAACGUGUCCUCAUUUACUGAUGAAAGGUUUGAAGGCAUAUCUCUGUGCCUCUGUCUCCUUUUUCACCUCCACAGUAUCUCAGAAAUGUCAUCCCCAUUUCUCCUGAACCUGCUAAGCACAGCUGUUAGACAGUGCCUAUGAUCAUUCCUGUAACACUUUCCUGAUCUUUAGUUUAUUUUUGCACAUUUUACUGACUUCUCUGAGACCAGUGCACUUUAGUUCUCCUAUAGCUGAGACCCCAAACUUGCAUUUUCUAGGAACAACCUGACAAGGCUUAAAAACACACAGUAGCUCAGCUGAUUAAUAAGCAUGGACCAAGAAUUAUAGCUCCCUCUUUAUAUUUCCAUCAAAUUUGUCAUCAAAUAUUUGCAAGUCUGUGACAAAUGAGAUCUGCACAAACAGCUACGACAAAGACUGCAAAUAACACACACACUCUUGCAUGCACGCGCACACACGCACAAACACACAAACAAAAAGGCUAUAAAGAAGAGCCACAUUCUCAAAUGUACCAAGCACAUUACUUGUAAGAUAUAAGAUUUAUAUAAAUAGCUCUAUUACAUGUUUUAAUAGUGGCACAUUAUAUAAUCUACAAUUCAUCACUCAUUCAGGGUUACAAUUUUUAGGACAAUCUAGAAUUGCACAAAAACACCUGUAUAUAUAUUCAAAGUGAACCUAUCAAAGUGAUUACAACAGUUCCAUUUCAUCCCACCAGUAGGACAGCCGACUCCUAUUGUAGCUAAUUUAUUUUCUUAUAAGGCAUUUUUCUUUCAGUGGUGCUGGAGGCCAUGGUAUUUGUGAGCAAGCUAUUAUUAUGUAUAUGUAUGUAAAUUGUGAUUCUCAAUAUAAUAACUGUAAAUAUCAGUGUACAUUUUGUUAAACGACUGUGAGGAGUAUAUACUGUAUGACUAUACAAACAAGUUGUAUUCAUGUAUUAUUGAGUAUCUAUGAUGUACAUUGUAAACUUAGAAUAUCUAUUUUGUACAUGUCUUUACAUGUGUAUGUAUUGUGUAAUGAUUGUGUCUGAUGUGUCAAUAUGUUUGUUGGAAAAGGCAGAGUGUGUUGUUUUUCUUUUUGAUGAUGUGAGUACAUUCACUUGUUCUUCCCUCUGAAUCAGGAACAGGGUCCUGCUCACAAUCAUGUUUUCAUGUUUGUUUAGUUAUUGAUGUUAACAUAUGGUUUAAUAUUGUUCGGAUAUUCUGCACUCGAUUCGGUGUGCUCUAUUCAAUAUUAUCAUUUGCUGCUGCCAUUUUGUGAAAACGACAGAACCUCUUGCACUUCUUAGUUUACUCUGACAACAUUCUGUGUUGUUUAUUUUAUUAAUUAGAAUUUAGAAAAAGAAAAUUCAGGCAUCUAGCUAAAGCAACACAAUUUGUGUGUUGAAAUAUAACAGAGGAGAACAAAAUAUAUAUAUACGUAUAUAUAUAUAUAUACGUAUAUGUAUAUAUAUAUGAACACACUCUGGAAGUGUGUUUUAUCAAUAGGAAUAUUUAUUGUGAAUGUAAACGUAUUCUGACCAUGUUAAGAAACGCAAUAUUAUUUUUAAAAUUAUUUACAGAAAAACACAAUCAUGCCUUUUCAUUAAUUGUUUUUGUUUUUAUCUUGAAAAUGGUGUAAAGUCUAUAUGUUUGUGCUGUACUAGUUUUAGGUGCAAAAAAGCAAUAUUUCUGCAGGUACUUCAGCAAAUGUGGACCAUAGAUAGACAGAAGAUGGGACAGUUUGAGGUAAUAUCACAGUCAUGGGGGUUGUUGUGACCAGCACUGCCUGUGUUGUUGAUGUGUAGCUCUUUCACUCGAUAUGGCACCACCACACACCCUGUUUAUUAGGGUGAAAAGAACAUUAAUAUGCUAGUACUUAUCUGUACCAAGGACUCUCAUGAUGUCAGUGUCAUUGAUAUUGUACAGUAUUUCUGAUACACUUGGGAAGAAAAUGAG